UGAGGCGAGGUUGAAAAUAUCAGAUAGUUUUCUGGAAUUAGCGAUCGUCCAAUCUGUCUAAGUCUCGUUGAAAGUAGUGGAACGACGAGGAAAGGAACAAAGUGCGCUGGCCGCUGGGCAUCAAAUCGGUGCGAAGUGAAGUGGUGAAGGAAGGCGAAGACGCUCGGUCCGGUGAAAGGCCAUUGCACUAACUCCGGGCGCGUGCGCACUUCCCGUUUCGGACUUAGCCUCUGAGCGCUGAGCGUGGCUGGGAACUCUGUUUUUCUGACGCGUAUGUCCCCACGUACGGAUAAGAGGACUCGGCACGUUUUAAACAUUUCUUAUUAUGGACAGCGAGGGAUACGUGGAAAACGGCCAUGGCGAAUCCGUGAUCCACUCGAGUGAAAAAGUCAAGAGCGAGUAUAACCCGUCUGAAGGGACGCCGCUCGUCAACGGCAUUUCCAACGGGCUCGGCGAAAAGCACAAGAAGAAGGAGCACAGGGACAGGGACAGGGACGGCGAGAGGAGAAAAGAUAAAGACAGGCACCGCGACAAGGAGCACAAAGACAAAGACAGAAACCGGGAUAAGGACAAGGAAAAGCACAGGGACAAAGACAAAGAGCACAGGCACAGCAGCUCCAGUCACAGGGACAAAGACAAAGAAAAGUCAAAAGAUGGACACAACAGCAGCAGUAAGGAUAAAGACAAGGACAAAGAUAGACAGCGUGACAAAGAUAAGGAUAGGCAUCGGGAUGAGAAAAAGGAGAGCUCCUCCCACAAGGAUAGGGAUAGGGAAAAGGAAAAAAGCAGCAGCUCUUCUUCCCACAAGGACAAAGACAAAGAACACAGUAAGCACAAUUCAUCAAGUUCCAAAUCUCAUUCGUCGUCAAAGGAUAAACACAGUUCGAGCAGUUCUUCAAAAGACAAGGAAAGGAGUGAUAAACACAGAGAGAAGGACAAGAAACAUUCCUCAUCCUCCUCGGACAGGAAACAUGGUAGCAGCAGUGGGAGCAGUAAAGACAAGGAAAGGAAAGAUAAAGACAAGGAUAGGAAAGAAGAUAAACAUAGAAAGAGUAGUAGUGGAGAUUCAAAAGAAAAAGUAGAACAUGCUGAACCAAUAGUACACAUUAAGAAAGAAGAAGUUAGUUUUAUUAAAGAGGAAGAAGAAUCAUUUGAAUUGAAAGAAGAAGUGAAAAAGGAAGAAUUUUACGAUGAGAAUGAUUUCAAGGAGGAGGACGACGAUGAUAGUUAUAACCUGCACAUUGAAACAACAAUGGAAGAAUCGACAUUCAAGGAAGAAGAAGAUUCUGAAGAAGACAUUCCAUUGUCGUCUCGAAAACAUUCUAUGCAAUCCGAUGAAGACGAUGACGUACCGCUCACUUCGAGGAAGAAGUUAAAGACAGAAAAACAAAAGUCUUCGAAGAAGAGAAAGAAAUCCUUCGAUUCUGAAGAGGAAGAAGAAGAUGAUUUCAAACCUGUGAAAACGAAAGCUCAAAAGAAGUCAUCAAAGGUAAAACAAGAACAGAAUACGAGUGCAACUCAGAGUCCAAGAAAAAAGAGGAAGCUAGAAGAGGAACAGGAAGUUUGGAAAUGGUGGGAAGAGGAAAAGAAACCUGAUGGCGUCAAAUGGAAUUUCCUGGAGCACAAAGGUCCUGUUUUUGCACCUCCUUAUGAGCCGUUGCCGCACGAUGUCAAGUUUUAUUAUGAUGGCAAAGAAGUCAGGUUGUCUGAAGAAGCAGAAGAAGUGGCCACCUUUUACGGCCGAAUGAUCGAGCACGACUACACUCAAAAAGAGGUCUUCAAUAAUAAUUUCUUCAAGGAUUGGAAAAAAACUAUGACGCCCAAAGAGAGGGAGCUCAUCACAGAUCUUAGCAAGUGCAAUUUCAGGCAUAUUAACGCUUAUUUUCAAAAGAAAUCUGAAGAAAGGAAAGCGAUGACAAAAGAAGAAAAAGCGGAAUUAAAAAAGAAGAACGAGGAACAAGUACAAGAAUACGGAUUCUGUAUAAUUGACGGGCACAAAGAAAAGAUCGGAAACUUUAAAAUUGAACCGCCGAGUCUGUUUCGUGGCAGAGGGGAACAUCCUAAAAUGGGUAUGCUUAAAAAGCGCGUCAUGCCUGAAGAUGUGUCGAUCAAUUGCAGCAAAGAUUCCAAGAUACCCGUACCACCCCCUGGUCACAAAUGGAAAGAAGUGAAGCACGACAACACGGUUACAUGGCUUGCCAGCUGGACUGAAAAUGUACAGGGCCAAGUAAAAUACGUUAUGUUAAACCCAUCUUCAAAACUAAAAGGUGAAAAAGAUUGGCAGAAGUAUGAGACAGCCCGUAAACUUGCUAGCCAAAUUGAUAAAAUCAGAAGAGACUAUAGGGAGGACUGGAAAUCCAAGGAAAUGAAAAUAAGACAAAGAGCUGUCGCUAUGUAUUUUAUUGAUAAACUUGCGCUCAGGGCUGGUAAUGAGAAAGAUGAAGAUCAAGCAGAUACAGUAGGCUGUUGUUCUUUAAGGGUCGAACACAUCCAGCUAUUCCCAGAAAAAGACGGCAAAGAAUAUGUUGUAGUAUUCGAUUUCCUUGGUAAAGAUUCCAUAAGGUACUAUAACGAAGUGCCUGUGGAGAAACGUGUUUUUAAAAAUCUACAACUUUUUAUAGAAGGAAAGAAAGGAAGUGAUGAUUUAUUUGAUAGAUUAAAUACAACAGUUUUAAACAAGCAUCUGACAGAAUUAAUGGAUGGACUUACGGCUAAAGUGUUCCGUACUUACAAUGCUUCAUGGACAUUACAACAGCAGUUGAAUGAGCUUACAAAAGAUGAUUAUACCCUUCCUGAGAUGUGCUUGGCUUAUAACCGGGCAAAUCGUGCAGUCGCUAUUCUCUGUAACCAUCAGCGUUCCGUUCCAAAAUCCCAUCAAAAAUCGAUGGAGAAUCUUAAAGAAAAGAUUUCAAAUAAGAGGGAACAGAUAGAAGAAGCUGAAAAGCAGUACAAGUAUGCAAAAAAAGAUGCGAAAAAUGGAUCGGCCAAGGAGAAGAUAGUCGCUGAUAAAAAGAAGAAGGCUCUCGAGCGAUUAAAGGAACAGUUGAGAAAACUCGAAGUCCAAGAAACGGACAGGGAAGAGAAUAAGACAAUCGCCUUGGGAACUUCAAAACUGAACUAUCUCGAUCCUAGAAUUUCCGUUGCUUGGUGUAAGAAGCACAACGUCCCAAUAGAAAAAGUAUAUAACAAGACACAACGUGACAAGUUUAGAUGGGCCAUCGAUAUGGCCGGACCUGAUUAUGUGUUUUAACUUAGUGAUAAAAAGUAACUUGUGACGUUGCAGAUCUUAAUGAACAAUUUUUUUACAUUUCAAUUUUAAUUAUAUUAUUUAAAUAAGUGUGGCAUUCACUUAUGAGUAAUGUAUGGAAAUUCUUAGAAUAAUUUCUUAUUAUUGGACUACUCUAGUGAAAGAAAGCACGCACAUUUACAAUAAUUGGUGUUUUUUGUUUUCAUUUCAAAUAAACUUGUACAGAAUGUCUUUCCAACAAGAAAUUAUUUAAGGAAAAUAUUUAUUGGUUUUAGUUUUGUCGAAUUUAUAAUCUAUUUAUUUAAUCAUAUAAGUUUGUUUUAAAGCAAUAUUUUUUAUAGAAUAGAUUUGAGUUCAUUUUAAGUACAACAAAGUAGUAACAGUGUUAUUAUAAUAAUAGGUUUUAUUUUGAUGUAUGUAUUAAAUUUUUAUUUACCCAGA